UUGCCCACGACUGAUUAUGCUGAGAACACAAGUGUUUUGCUGGAGGACAAUGAUUCCAUGGUCAUGCAAGUAUCCUCUGAAUGCAUAGAUGCCUACUCGGUGCUUAAAGAUCCCUUGACAUUGAGUCAAGCGAUCCAAGACGGUCAUGUAGACAAACUCAUCGGGUUGGUGCAGGAUCCAUCAUCUGACAGGGAAGUGUGCCUUUCCGGGGCUGUAGCGAGUCGCUUGAUAGACGAAGACAGAUCCUUGCUUCGCUCGGAUUCAAUUGGGACUGGACUCAAUGAUGUUGAUAAAAUGGACUGCCUCACUUCGACGUUGUCGAUGGCUGCUCUGCCUCCAGCAGGGCUGACUCCUUUAGACUCACAGACUUUCAAGGACAAGAUAGAUGAAUUGAAGGAGCCAGAUGCGUUGAUUAAGGUUAGCUCUUCUCCCACAAAAGUAUUUGAAAUUGAGUCUCUUGUACCAUGUCCACAUUUCGCACCUUGCGACUCUUCUUCAGAUCAGUGCAGUUUGUCCAUUUCUGAGAAAUAUUAUGGCAAGCAAGAUAUUUCGCCUCCAGGUAGAGAGAAUUUCGAACCAACUGGAUUUCCUGUAUUUGACAAAUUUGACCUCUCUCUGAGUGAUCUGUAUGUGACGUCUGGCCUGAUUAGUGAUUCGGUGGAGUUGUCCAAGUCGAUACCACUGUCAUCCUCAAUCUCACCUUUUUCUGGCCGUUUUCCUGGCGACUCUUUACAUAUUGUUGAUGAUCCUACUUCUUUCUUCACUCUUUCUCCUAUUUCUUCAUCUGUUCAUUCAUCUCUCUUUUGGACGCCGCAAUUAUCUCAAAAGUUUUCGCAACUUGGUCGGGAUGAUAAGGAGGAACAGAUCUAG